CGAUCAUUGCACAUUUUUCUUUGCCUCUGUCUUUGGUGAAAUUUAGUGCAGUAGGUGAAUUAUGUUUCUACAGAGAAAAAACUGCAAAAAAUUGACCAAUAUAAUAUCAGUGCAUUACAUUGUAUAAUGUAGUGGUUUUAUAGGUUCCCAAUUGAAGGCCCUCAUUGCUCUCUUAUUGGAUAGAUGAUGAUUUGUAGUUCAUAUUCAAAAAUAUAUUUUAUAUAUGCCGCCUUUUAAAUAUGUCUCACUAUAACUCUGAAAUCCUCCCUAUAUAGGGCUUAAAUAGACACACAGUAUACACAAACCAGUAAGCAUAACAAAACAUAAGUGAAUAUAGAUGUACGUACACUGUUACAGUAGAAAAAAAUGUCCAAAUAUGUAUCCCAGCUGUCACUGGGGCAGGACAGAUAUGUAAGCAUUUGGUACCAAUAUGUACCUUUGAGAUACCAAUACUGUAUGUAUGUAUCUUUGAUGCACUAAUAUGCUCCCUUUAGUACCAAUGCUAAUGUAAACUUUGUUUUUAAAGUCUACUAGCUUGGGUACAAAUUUUGACCAUUUUCUCCAAAAACGCAUCUGCAACUUCUGUAAGAGCGCAAUGAUAUGAUUAUUAUACAGUUAGAUGCACGAGAAGAGGGAGUGAUUAUCUGUGUGACGUCACGUGAGAAAAGGAUCCGACAGGUGACGUCACACGGGGGACACGGACAGAUGCGAUGAUUUAGAUCCGAGUUCCUUCAUUUCACCGACUGAUGCGCAGAGUAGCAAGAUAUCUGAAGAAAACAAUCAUACGGACAUUGAAAUGAAUAAAAGGACAAACGUAAAAAUUAUAAUUUUAUUAUAAUAAAUAAUAACUCGAUUUCUUCGCUUCUAUCGAGGAAAAUGACUUGAAAACUGGACUACUUCGAAAAACUAUUUCUUCAUCAUCGUGGAGUUUUUCUUUUAACAUGGAACUUAACGAAGAUAUCAAAUAUUCUAGUAUUUGCGUUUCUGUUUCGAUUGGAGCGCGUGUGGAGACGGUGAACCUUUUACGCGUUAUGUGAUGCGCGCUCUGGAGAUGCGCGGACACAAAUAACCACUUGAACUUUUUGCUUUGAAACAUUUUUACGUACAAGUUGACAAGCUUUGCGUUUGUUGUCUUUUAGACUUGUAUUUAGAUGAUUUAUAUAUUGAUUAUUUUGACGCGUCAGGUGCCAUCAAGCAUCAGAAGGCUCGGAGAUGUGCUUUGUUGUACACUUUUACUAACUAACUAACUAACUGUAAGUAAAAACUAAUGAAAUAUAUAUUUUAAAAAUAUAUAUAUUGUAUCUAAAGCACUUUAUUAUUUUGUUGCGCACAUUUCUUUUUUUUAUAGUCAGUUCCGUUAUCUUAGGACUUGGACAUUGGUGAGCUGUACCACCUAUUUCAUACGUCCGAGUUAUAUAUUUUAAACGCUUGUUUUUUCCUUGUGAGUGAGGUUUACUAAGGCAACACCUUGAUAAUGCCAUUCUGUGCCAUAACCAGACUUUAUUCUUUGUCUUGACGAUUUUCUGAAAGGAAGAAUGUACUUGAAUAGAUUAAGCUAGUGGACAUUGAGCUAAUCCUCGGCCAAGUUUGAAACUUAAACUUUUAUAAGCCUGAAACUUAAAACAACAGUGAUGGCAUCCACAGAGUGUUUGAAAAAUCUCAGUGCCGGCACUAAAUGCAACCAAAGUGUCCCUCCUUACUCCCCAGAAGUUACGGCUGCGUUCGCCACAGUCAUGACGCUCAUAAUGCUCUUUACCAUCUUUGGAAACGUUCUGGUUAUCAUUGCCGUUCUUACGUGUCGCUCUUUGCGAGGGCCACAGAACCUUUUCCUGGUCUCCCUGGCCGCAGCGGACAUUCUGGUGGCCACCUUAAUCAUCCCAUUUACCCUGGCCAAAGAACUCAUGGGCUACUGGUACUUCGAAUCGGUUUGGUGUGAGAUCAUCUUGGCACUGGAUGUGCUCUUCUGUACUUCCUCCAUCAUGCACCUGUGCGCCAUCAGCUUGGACCGAUAUCUUUCCGUCUCCCGGCCGAUGCAGUACGGCCCCCAACGCACCCCUUGCAAGAUCAAAUGCGCCAUUGUGGUGGUGUGGCUCAUCGCGGCGGUCAUCUCUUUCCCCCCGCUGGUCUCCAUGAACAAGUCCCAGGAGCCCAAAGAAGGAGGCAACCCACAGUGCGAACUCAACGACGAGGCGUGGUACAUCCUCUACUCCUCCAUCGGGUCGUUUUUCGCACCUUGCCUCAUCAUGAUCCUGGUUUACGUUCGCAUCUAUCAGAUCGCCAAGAAGCACACACGAUGUCCUCCUGGAGAGCCCAGAAAGGAUGGAGUGGGUGCCAUCCCACAGGGAGCUGUUCAAAGAGGGGCAUGGGAGAAUGGCAAAGAAGGGAAAGUGAAUCUUGCCGCCCCAUCUUCCAGCCAGCCAGCUUUCAGAACCGACACGGCCAUGUGCCAGCCUCACCAAAACCGGCAGCAGAUAAAACGCUCGGGUGGGCAGAAGGACAACAACAACGAGGAGAGUUCAAGCUCUGGCUCAGACCUGGAUGUCGAGAGGGAACAUGAUGAUGCCAACGGGACGACUUCCAAUGUUGGGGCCCACCAAACCUCCUCACCAACCCAGACGUACAGGACCGUAAUCGCAACAUCGCAGGGCAGCCAGUUGGCAUCUAACUUGAAACCAGCAGCGACGCCAAACACAAAGAAAAAGGCCAUGAUCAUACGGGAGAAGCGCUUCACCUUCGUUCUCGCCGUCGUCAUCGGAGGUUUUGUCAUUUGCUGGUUUCCGUUUUUUUUCUCGUACAGCUUACAGGCUGUUUGUCCAGUGGCCUGUAAACUGCCCGAACCCCUGUUUAAAUUCUUCUUCUGGAUUGGAUACGGCAAUAGCGCCCUUAACCCGCUCAUCUAUACCAUCUUUAAUAGGGACUUUCGGAAAGCCUUUAAGAAGAUUUUGAGCAAAGGGUGUAAGGGUUGUGCAUUUUGAAUGAAACCAUAUAGUUAUUAUUAAAAGGAAAGGUGUAUUCUUUAACCAUAAAAUAAUUUUUUUCAACCUGACAAUGUUUUUAAGCAACCCUUUAACCCAUUGUCAUUACUGUAAUGUGUCCUGCAAUGUAUUGUGAAAUAUUAAUGGCUCUAAUGAUUUAAGUUAUAUCAAGCCUGUUUGCAUCUUUGUAUUUUGGUGAAAAAAUAAGACCCAUGGUGUUGAUAUUCACAAUAUUUGUCAGACAAUGAAGAAUUUACCCAAAACUAUUUUGCAGGAUUGUUACCAGACCAUUCUUAGCAGAACUGAACACUUUUACUUUAUGCAUUUUAUCAAACACAAGAAGCUUGUCGGGUUAUUUGUUCUGUACUUUCAAAGACAAUGCGACUCUUUUUGGAUGCAUCUUUGGAUCUGCGGCAUUGUGAGAUCACAGGAGAUUUCUGAGAGCUUCACUUCAUCUCUGGGGAAGAGCCGGGAGCUCUUAAAGCCCAAGAGGAGCGUUCGGUCUCUUGGGAGGAAUGGAUAAAGGAAACGUAUAGAGCAUGAUAAAUGGCUCUGUCUUGUUUUAAAAUACUCUGUACUUCCUCUGCUUGGAUUUAAAGCAUGGCUUUAUCUCUCUGUUUAUUGGUUUAUUUCUGGUUGCAGAUUUUUGGUAAUGAAUGACGGAUUUCCUAAAGUCCAGAGUCAAGAUAAGUCUGCUUAGUCUCAUGGCUUAAUUUGACUGGUUUUGAUCGAAGCAAAUAGACUUUGGGUCUGAAGCGUGACUCUGUCUCAUGACUGUCAGAACUUCUUUAGUGUAGGCAAUUAUUUAAAUUAUUAUGCACUGAUUAAUUCAAUUUUUUGAUUUUCUGCUGUGUGCUUUGUUCAAUUUGAAAGCAUAUUGGUUUGUGUGCAUGCAUGCGUGAGCGAGAGAAUGAGAGCACAUAAUUGGCCUAGGCAUGUACCAGCAUGUCAUUUUCUUGAGCAUAAAACUGCUUUUUUGAAUGUCCAUCAAUAAGUUGCCAUAUACCAAAUGUGUUUGUGGAAAUAAAUUUACCUUAACUAAGUA